CGGGUGGUGGCGGAGCGGCGGAGCGCGGCGGUGGCAGCAGGAUGCUGGAGGCGAGGUUCAGGGACCACUUCUGGAGUACAGAUCUGACCAGCACAGUUGGCUAUGACAGCAUCAUUCAACAUCUGAAUGAUGGCAGGAAGAACUGCAAAGAGUUUGAAGACUUUUUGAAGGAGAGGGCAAUUAUAGAAGAAAAAUAUGGCAAAGAGCUGAUUAACUUGUCAAAGAAGAAGCCCUGCGGGCAGACGGAGCUGAACACACUGAAGAGAUCCCUGGAUGUUUUCAAGCAACAGAUAGACAAUGUGGGACAAGGUCACAUCCAGCUGGCGCAAACCCUUCGAGAGGAAGCAAAAAAGAUGGAGGAAUUCAGGGAAAAGCAAAAACUGCAUCGGAAAAAGAUAGAGCUGAUAAUGGACGCGAUCCACAAGAACAGGAAUCUGCAGUACAAGAAGACCAUGGAGGCCAAGCGGCUCUACGAGCAGCGCUGCCGGGACAAGGACGAGGCGGAGCAGGCUGUGCACCGCAACGCCAACCUGGUGACACAGAAGCAGCAGGAGAAGCUGUUCCUGAAGCUGGCUCAGACCAAAUCAGCUCUGGAGGAUUCUGACAGGAGUUACCAGCAGAACAUUACCACACUGGAGAAGAUCCGGGAAGAAUGGCAGAAAGAGCACAUCAAAGCUUGUGAGUUCUUUGAGACUCAGGAGUGUGAGCGGAUCAACUACUUCCGCAAAGCCCUCUGGCUUCAUGUCAACCAGCUCUCCCAGGGCUGUGUCCAGAAUGAUGAGAAAUACGAGGAGAUCCGCAAGAGUUUAGAAAUGUGCAGCAUUGAGAAGGAUAUUGACUUUUUUGUAAAUCUACGCAAAACUGGAAGUUCGGCCCCAGCUCCUGUUGCUUAUGAAAACUACUAUAAUGCACAGAGAAAUGUGGCUCCUGCAAGAAGUCCUGCUCCUGUGCCUAUAUCAAGGAGGGGACCUCUACCUACCCCAACCAGUGCACCAGGUGAUCCUGAUUAUGCCACAGUUGACAGCUACAGCUUGAUACAUUACUAACAGCCACAGCAGAAGACACCGUUGGUCUGGCCAGCAUGGCAGAGAUGGUGUUUCCAGUUAUUCCCAGCCACACAGAGCUGAAGUGCUUCUCUGUUUUAAGAAAGUAUUUGAGGACUCUUAUAAUUAUUUGUACCCUCAGAAAUUCUCUCCUAAAAAUCUGUGCCUUCAAUCAGCACACUCCUUGGACAGAUACCUCAUCUUCACACUCAGGGGAAGAAAAGGAAUAUAAGCAGUGGGCCUGGACACGGGGCAAUUUUCUGUGUUGGAAGGAGAUUUUGAUUUGAAGUUCUUCUGAAGUGCAGCCACCUGGGAGAGGCUUGGAGCCUCCCACACUCCAGAUAACUAGAGAAGCCGUAUGUGCUGAGGGGAGCAUUGCAAUACUUUGGGCAUCCUGGCCUAUGUUCAGGGCAGACGCAUCUCACUCAGGUCUCAGGUUCCACUUUUGCCUGUUUCUAAAGUCUUUUAAGUAGUAGUGAUUAAACUUACACCGUAGAUUUAAUUUUGGUCAAGACUCUCAGGGAGCUUACUUAGAGGAGCACCAACCAAGGAGGAGACCAGGGCUCUGGUUUGGCUGUAGAUGUGCUGCAGGCUCAAGAGCCAACACUGGAAAUGGCUUUGCAUCUUCCUGGUGCAGCAGUUCCCAGCGCAGCCACCUAGAGAGAGGCUGUGCCACCACAACAAACCUUAUGGGAAGUCCUUCGCAGAAUCCUAGAAUUAUCCUGGUUGGAAGGGGCCUUGAAGAUGAUCAAGUCCUACCAUAACCUAAAUCCCCCAACCAUAACCUAACCUACCCAUUCAGUGCUCUAUCUAUAUUACUUCUGAACAUUUCCAGGGAUGGUGACUCCACCACCUCCCUGAGCAGCCUGUUCCACUGUCCAACCGCUCUUUGGGUAAAGAAAUUAUUCACCCUACAGUGUUGCUGAGGAGGUGAAAAAAGUCAGCCUGCUCUUCCAGCUGCCCCGCAGAUGAGGGGCUUGUGCUUUUUUAGGCUUAUGGUGUAGCUUGUCCCAGGUAGACUUUGGAGACCCCCAUCUGAUUAGCUUCUGGGAGCCCCUAAACUUUGGGCUUGUUCUCACUAUGCACCAUUGGAAACAAACUUGGCUACCAAUGUUGGGCUGGAGCCAUGAAACUGGUAUUUUUGACCCGGUCUCCUCAAAGUUGGUGCCCUUCUUGUUACCAUACCUAUGAGUAUGAAUUUGAUGCAGAAGCUGCUGGUCUCCCUGAGGUUCCCAUGUCCAGUGUUGCUGAACAGCUCCUCAGGGCCUUACAACUCUGGACAGAGGGACACAGGACAUGGGGACUAGCCCACAGUUGAGCCAUCUAAACCUGGCACCAGGUGACUGACUUUGGAGCGACAGGAGCUGCUAGUUCUAAGGUGUUACUCAAGUUGAAUCAGCAUGACUGCAGUGUGUGCCUAAGCCCACUGGUUCUUGGGGAUUUUACCUUUAUUUCCUUGUGUGGAAGAAGAUUUUGGUGAGCUUUAACAUUCGUCCUGCUGCGUUGUAAUGAACCUGGUAAAGUGCACGUCAAUGAAUCAAUGUUUGUACUGUUUUGUUUUUGAAGGAACAAGUAUACAAAGACGCUUCUGAAGGAGCUUGCUGUAGUCUUAGUUCUUUAAAUACAUAUUUUAAAAAUAA